AUGCGGGGAGCCCAAGAGACCUUGGGCUUCGAUUCCCCAAGCCACAUGAAGGGCCUGCAGGUCUUUAUUGCUGACAUACGAAACUGCCAGACGAAAGAACAAGAGCAGCAGAGGGUUGACAAGGCAGGCUUUGUACAGAUUGUAGCACCAAUUGAAGAGUUGUCGAAGAUUCGCUUGAAAUUUGCAAAUCCCAAAUCCCUCUCGGGCUAUGACAAGAAAAAGUACGUCUGGAAGCUGCUGUAUGCUUACAUGCUGGGCUACGACAUCGACUUUGGACACUUCCAGGCUGUGGAGCUCUGCUCCGCAUCGAAAUUCAGUGAGAAGACUGCCGGGUAUUUGGCCACUUCUCUGCUUCUUGCUGACAACAACGACAUGGUGCGCAUGAUCGUGAACAGCGUGAAGACAGACAUGGCAUCUGGCAAUGAGCACAUGGCUGCAUUGGCCCUGAACACGGUGGCCAAUAUUGGAGGUCCUGAGUUUGCCGACAACCUUUUCUCUGACAUAUCCAAGAUGCUUUUGUCACAGUCCAACGCGCUGUCACCGUACAUUAAGCGAAAAGCGUGCAUUUGUUUGCUGAGACUAUACAGAAAGGAAAAUGAUGGCCUGAAGCCAGACAUAUGGUCAAAGAAGCUUGCUGCUCUAUUCCUCGAGCGAGAUAUUGGUCUUUUAACGUCUGUCAGUGGCUUCAUGCUCGGAAUCCUAGAGAUGGGCAAAUAUCCCGUGCAUCCCUCAGUGCUGCCGUUUUUUUUUUGGUGGCGAAAGGCCAUGCGAAUUUCACUGAAAAAGUACUCUGAGUAUCUAGAAAGAGUACUCUUCUAG